UAGUCUACGUCACCGUCUUGAUUUGGGGCGAGGGCUUGCAGGAGAUUGAAUAGGAAGGUGGCAGAGAAGCUGUGAAUAUUAACUUUUUUUUUAUCGAUUUAACCACACAACCAAAGUAUAUUACAAUACAGAAGGGUUUCACGCAUAUUUGUGAGGAUAUAUCACCGGAAGAACAUGGGUAGCUGCCUUACAGUUGGACCAAAUGAAGCCGUGGUUGUUUCUGGUGCCUGUUGUGGCUCAGAUGAGAAGACCUACAUGGUGGGGGGCUGGGCCUGGGCCUGGUGGCUCAUCACUGACAUUCAAAGGAUUACACUGGAGAUUAUGACACUCCAACCUAAGUGUGAGGAUGUUGAGACUGCUGAAGGGGUCGCCAUCACUGUCACUGGGGUGGCACAGAUCAAAGUGAUGACAGAUCAUGAUCUUUUGGCAAUUGCUUGCGAGCAGUUUUUGGGCAAAUCCGUCCCGGAAAUCAAGGGAGUGGUUUUGCAAACCUUGGAGGGACAUUUACGCUCAAUUCUAGGCACACUGACAGUGGAGCAAAUCUACCAGGACAGGGACAAGUUUGCCCAGCUGGUGAGGGAGGUGGCAGCUCCCGACGUGGGCAGGAUGGGCAUCGAGAUCCUCAGCUUCACUAUCAAGGAUGUCUAUGAUAAACUGGACUACUUGAGCUCCCUGGGGAAAACUCAGACAGCAGCAGUUCAGAGGGAUGCAGACAUCGGUGUGGCAGAGGCAGAAAGAGAUGCUGGGAUAAGAGAAGCUGAGUGCAAGAAGGAGAUGAUGGAUGUCAAGUUCCUGGCCGACACCAAGAUGGCCGACUCCAAACGAGAACUUGAACUGCAGAAGGCUGCUUUCAACCAAGAAGUCAACACCAAGAAAGCGGAAGCUCAGCUGGCCUAUGAGCUGCAGGCAGCUAAAGAACAGCAGAAGAUCAGGCUGGAGGAGAUAGAGAUUGAGGUGGUUCAGAGGAAGAAGCAGAUCACCAUUGAGGAGAAGGAGAUUGUCCGCACAGAGAAGGAGCUCAUCGCCAUAGUGAAGAGGCCUGCCGAGGCAGAGGCAUACAAGAUGCAGCAGCUGGCUGAGGGACAGAAGAUGAAGAAGGUUCUGACGGCCCAGGCGGAGGCAGAGAAGAUCCGGAGGAUAGGCGAGGCAGAGGCCUGCUCCAUAGAGGCUAUAGGGAAGGCUGAGGCUGAGAAGAUGAGGCUGAAGGCUGAGGCCUACCAGAAGUAUGGAGAGGCAGCCAAGACUGCUCUGGUCCUGGAGGCCCUUCCCAAGAUUGCAGCCAAGGUGGCAGCACCGCUGGCCAGGACCAAUGAGAUAGUCAUCCUGAGCGGGGAGGGCAACCGUGUGACUGGGGAAGUGAAUCGCCUCUUGGCUGAACUUCCAGUGUCCGUCAACGCCCUCACUGGAAUUGACCUAUCAAAGAUCCCACUACUGCAGAAGAUGACUUAUGCUCAGGCCUGAAAACAAUCUCUCCCUUCUACUCCGAUAUCUGUUUUAUGCACUCCCAUAGACUGCCUUCAAUACACUUGAAAUGAUUAUAUAUAUGUUUAUAUAUAUAUGUAUAUGUAUGUAUAUAUAUAUGUAUAUGUGUGUAUAUAUAUAUAUAUGUGUAUAUAUAUAUAUGUAUAUGUGUAUAUAUAUAUGUGUAUAUGUAUAUAUGUAUAUAUAUAUGUAUAUGUGUAUAUGUAUAUAUAUGUAUAUGUGUAUAUAUAUAUGUAUAUAUGUAUAUGUAUAUAUGUAUGUAUAUAUGUAUAUAUGUAUAUAUAUAUAUGUAUAUAUGUAUAUGUAUAUAUGUAUAUAUAUAUAUAUAUAUGUUUUUUUUAUAUGAAGUGGAUUUUUUUUAACCUCUUGUGCCUUAAUUUCUACAGGACCAGAAUAUCUGCAUGUACUGCUGCUCCUCUAUGUAUCUUUGAGUUCACUACUUUUUCAAUCAUGGAAGCCUUUUACAAUAAGUAGAUCACAUGGGAUACAUUGUUAUCAUUUAGCAUGAACUGAGCCUUUUUUUCUUUAACUCAUAUACCUCUCUAGUCUCUACCUUACCAUGUAAUUUCAGUGAACAGUUAGCUGUUAAGAAGAGCAACCUCAGUGAUUUUCUUCCAAAGGUUUACUCACCUUGCCAAUUAUACACUUCAUGAUUACUGAGUCAUUAUCCAUUCUUGCUAUCACGUGAUUAUUGUAUAGGUUAUUGAAGUUACUGUACUCUAAUGUAUAUAAUUUUUUAUUUAACUGAUUUAAUGUGUAUCCUUUAUGAUGCGUUAUGGGUUUUCGCAAUCAGGUGACAAGUUGUAUGAAGUGCUACAUGAAACAAGGUGCUCACUGCUUACUAUCCUCAAAUGUAUUUAUGCUUCUACUUAGUCAAAACUCUGAGUAACUGGGAAUUCUUCCCACUCAACAAGCAAUCAUGUGUUUUCAUUUAGUAUGUUGUAAACAAUAGGUUUAGUACAUUAUUCCUAACACACUUUCAUUUAUAGCAACAAUAAUGGCCUUUUUUACUAAUCACAGAAACCUGAUUGCCAGACCUUUAUUCCUUUGGCUACAAUGCAUCUUUCUGAAUUGUCUCAAAGUAAGUUGAAGUACUGAAUUGACUUUGAAGUUUGAGGGAGAGAUUAUGAACUUUGUGGGAUGCUAUGAUCCAGGGUAAUUUAUUGAGAAAACUCUUUGUCCUGGAGAAGGUUCAGUAUGUGAAAUAUUGAAGGGUUUUUGAGCCCAAGAAGAAGUAAAAUGGCGUUACUCAUAGCCAAAUACUAGUCAUUGCACCAUAUCAUUUUUUAUUAUA